AUGGAGCCCGGAGCACACGAGGCCCGGAGCACACGGAGCGCGGAGCACACGGAGCCCGGAGCACACGAGGCCCGGAGCACACGGAGCCCGGAGCACACGAGGCCUGGAGCACACGGAGCCCGGGGCACACAAGGCCUAGAGCACACGGGGCCGGCGCACACGAGGCCCGGAGCACACGGAGCGCGGAGCACACGGGGCCGGAGCACACGGGGCCCGGAGCACACGGGGCCCGGAGCACACGGAGCCCGGAGCACACGGGCCCGGAGCACACGAGGCCCGGAGCACACGGGGCCUGGAGCACACGAGGCCCGGAGCACACGGAGCCCGGAGCACACGGGGCCCGGAGCACACGAGGCCCGGAGCACACGGGGCCUGGAGCACACGAGGCCCGGAGCACACGGGGCCUGGAGCACACGAGGCCUGGAGCACACGAGGCCCGGAGCACACGGGGCCCGGAGCACACAAGGCCUAGAGUACACGGGGCCCGGAGCACACGAGGCGGGCAAAGCCACGCGGCAACGGGAUGCGCACGUUUCGGCGAGUCCUUCUCAGAAGCGGCUGCUCUACGUUGGCUGCAUUAUCGGAAACGACGUCAGAAGCAAGCACGUGCCCUGGCCUCGGGGCGGCAGGAGCGACGAGCCCGGCAGCCCCGCGGGGCCGACGUUCCGGGCUCGGGCUCCGGCUCAGAGGCUGCGGGGAGGGAAACGCGAAGGGGGCGUCGCGAGCCGGGCACGCGGCUUCUGCCGCUCGGGCCGCCGGGCGCCUCCCAGGCCUGGGCCCGCCCGGCUCCGCCCGGCCCGGGGCUCCGACGGCGGGUGCGCACCUCCCAGCUCGUGCCCCGGGGCUCCUGCGCCUCUGCUCCGCGGCGGGCGGCGCCCAGGUCCGGCUCCCGUCCCGGGCCGAGCGGCGCUGGGAGCCCGCAGCCAGCCGCCCCCGACGCCCCCUGCGAGUCGGGCCGACCCGGCCAGCGGCCCCCGCGCUCCGCUCCACCGCCCGCGCGCCCGGCCGCCGCACCACGCGGGCCCAGGUCCCGAGCCGCCAGGCCCAGGGCCCGCCGUCGCCGUCCGCACUCGCACCGACCUUCAGGGACGCGCAGCGCAGGCCAGAGCCCGCGGCGGCAACGAACCCAGGGCGCCGGGACCCGGCGGGGAGCGGAACUUCCGGGCGGAAGAGGGGCGGGGCCGCAGUGGGCGGGGGGACCCCGGAAGACGCCCAGAGUCCCGCGCGGGAAACCCCUCGCGGACUACAUUUCCCACAAGCCUCUGCGCUGCGUCCCUUAGCAGCUUGGGAAGUGACGCGUCCAGCGCCCCGGCGGCUGUGACGGGUGGGGGUGUGACGGGGUCUCUACCCACGUGGCGGAAACGGGGUUCUGAUUUCUUCCUUGGCAUUAAGAUUCAGCAUUUUUAUAGUGAUGUGUCUGUGGAUUUCUUCGUGUUUAUCUUAAUUGUAGUUCAUUUGCUGCCAGCCACUGCCUUGAAAAGUCAAGCAAAAGGAGCCUCAAUCCGACGGCUCCGCGGAAACCAGUGCUCGCGGUUGGGAACAGCCGCGCCACAAGUCGGGGGUGUGAAGUGCGAGGAGCUCUGGUUUCCUGCGGCUGCUGUAAGAAAUCCCCACGGUCGGGAUGGCGGAGGCAACACAGGUGUAUCCCUUCAGCCUUCUGGGGUCCCAGUCCGAGACCAGAGUCUCCGCGCCGACGUCGGGGUCCUUGGCCCCUGGCCACCCCGCGGCAUUUCCGCGUUAGUGGGGCCCCCGAAAGUAAGCGGGCAGACAGGCCCCAGCGGCGAGCCGUCCUCGCCCUCCCAGGGUCUGGGCUCAGACCCAGGUGACCUCGCAAGCUCCGCGGGGCGUGCCCCUGUGCCCUUCGCCAGCAUCUGGGACAAGGCAGCUCCGCGCACGGAAACAUGA